CUCUGAACCCGCACGAUUAGCUCGCAGAGCUUAGCUGGACACACCCCAAAACGCUGGUGUAGCUGUCGUGCUGCUGCAAAAGAGCAAACGCACGACUCACGUUUUCAAAAUGCUCAAACAUUCUGUAGCAAUUGUAGCAAUUGCCGCGUCAGCCGCGUUCACUGCACCCCGCAGCCUGCCCAUGCGCACAGCAGCAAUGAAAUUCUCCGCGGCUGACGCGGAACUCGUGCCGCGCGACGUCCUCUUCGGCAACCCCGAGUACUGUGCCGGCGUAGGAAUCAUUGUAUCGGCGACCGCGGCUGGCCGUGACAUGCCGUCGACGCGACGCCGUGCACACACAGGUACGCAGCCCCCUCCGUCACGCCGGACGGCUCCAAAUUAGCCUACCUGAAGCCCGUCGACGGCGUGCUCAACGCGUGGGUGCGCAGCGCGGCGGGCGGCGACGAUAGGGUGGUGACCGAAGACACGUACCGGGGCAUCCGCCAGAUCUUCUGGGCCGAGGACUCGAAGACGUUGCUGUAUCUGCAGGACGACGGCGGCGACGAGAAUUUCCAUUUGUUCGCGGUCGACGUCAGCAAGGAAGGAUCAAAAGCGAGAGACCUGACGCCCUUCGACGGCGCGAAGGCCCAGAACGUCAUCACGAACAAGCGCUUCCCCGACGAACUGUUAGUGGCGGUCAAUGCUAGAGAUAAAGCUCAAUUCGACAUGUACCGCGUCCAAUUAGAGUCGGGGGCCAUCGAGCUGGACACGGAGAACCCCGGCGGUAUCGUCGGCUGGGGUUCGGAAGACGAGUCCUUCGAGGUGCGCGAGGGCAUUCGGGUCAACCCUGACUCGUCCAAGACCGUAUUGGUCCGCGACUCUCCCAAAAGUGAGUGGCGCGACCUCGCCGUCUUUCCUUACGGCGAGGAGGGCGGCAUGGUCGACUUCUGCGGCGACGGCGAGCACGCGCUCAUGACGUCGUCCGUCGGCCGCGAGACGACGGCGCUGACCAAAGUCAAAUUGUCCGACGGGUCGACGACGGAGGUCAUCGCCUUUAACGAUAAGGCGGACUGCGGCGGCAUCAUGUUAGACGAGGACACGAAGGAGGUCCGGGCCGUGUCGUUCAACUACGCGCGCACGGAGCGGACCUUCUUCGACGAGGAGCUGAAGGGCCACUUCGACCGGCUCGAGGGCAUGGGCCCCGACAAAGCGGAAGUUUCAUUAGUGUCGAAGACGCGCGACGAGGCGACCUGGGUCGUGUCGUUCCGCAGGGACGACGGGCCGACGGAGUACUCGCUGUACGACACGGCGUCGCACAAGCUGACGCCGCUCUUCGUGAGCCAGCCGGCGCUUUCUGAUUACAAGUUCGCGCCUGUGUGGCAAUCAAAUUUCGGGCGCCCCACGCCAUCGACGCGACGUUGUCCCCGUGGCGUGUCGGCCCGAUGGCGUGAUUUCCACACAGGUUCGCGCACAUGGAGGACGUUCGCAUACAAGCGCGGGACGGGCUCGAGCUCGUCGCGUACCUGACGCGCGCCAAGGCCGACACGCCGACGCCGCUGGUGCUCUGCGUGCACGGCGGGCCGUGGGCCAGAGAUUUUUGGGGCUUCAACAGCGCCGCGCAGUGGUUCGCGAAUCGCGGGUAUGCCUGUUUACAAGUGAACUACCGGGGGAGCUCGGGCUACGGCAAGUCCUUCCUGCAUAAAGGAGACAAGGAGUGGGGCGUGGGUGCGAUGCAGCACGACCUGACGGACGCCGUGAAGUGGGCCGUGGACCAGGGCAUUGCGGACCCGGAGAACGUGUGCAUCUAUGGCGGCUCCUACGGCGGCUACGCGUGUCUGGCGGGCUUGACCUUCACCCCCGAUCUGUACAAGUGCGGUGUGGACAUCGUGGGCCCGUCGAACAUCAAGACGUUGUUAGAUAGCAUACCGCCGUACUGGGGUCCCCUGCGGAACGACAUGCUGAAGAAGAUCGGCGACGUGGAUGAAGAUAAGGCCUUCAACGAGAAGAUCUCUCCUUUAUAUCAUGUUGACGCCAUCAAGGCGCCGUUACUCAUCGGCCAGGGCGCGAACGACCCGCGCGUCAAGCAGGCGGAGGCGGACCAGAUCGCGUUCUCCAUGGCGGACAAGGGCAUCCCGGUGGAGUACGUCUUGUAUCCGGAUGAAGGGCACGGGUGGGCGCGGCCGCCGAACCGCAUCGACUUCAACGGGCGGACGGAGCUGUUCCUGAAGGAGCACCUCGGCGGCCGCGCGGAGGCCUUCGUGCCGCCGGAGGGGAACACGGCGUCGUUUCCCUUGAAGGAGCGGAAGUAGUAGGUGGUAAUUUGGUUUGUGAACUUGCUUUGAAGCUAGGCCGCCUAGCCACACGGCCGGUCUUACGCGGAGUCGUUCUCGGCCGCGGCGGCGCGUUUUUAGAAUUGCGUCAAAUUUGCUAGCUCCAAA